AUGAAGCCACACUUGGUUACCCUCGCCCUCCUGUUCGCACCGUUCUGCACAGCUGCAGACAAGAAUAUCAAGGUAGACACCUUGAAACAAAAAAACCCUGAUCUCGUCUCCAUCCCCAACCUGGUUUGUCUCCUGCUAUUCCUGCUCGCCGCUGCAUACUGGUACAAACUACGCAAGAGAAUGCUCGCCGCGAUAGCCACUUUCCUUCAGCUAACCCGUGAAUCACAGUCCGGGUCUGUUGUCGCUUCAUCAGAGACCUUCUCUGGUAACCCUGGUACCCCUCGUCAUGUCGAGGCCAAGGAGAAGCUCGACAAGAGCAUGGCGAGAAAAUCGGGAAAAUGGAACGCUCAACAUCCAAGACAUCGUUUGCUCGAUGCAUUGUAUGGAUACAGGAGAUAUUAUGAGAGUCAGAAAGCCGCACUUGAUCGCCUUGAGAGCCUCUAUAAAAAAGGUGUCUCUCGAGGUCAAAGAUCUAUACUACAGCAUAAAUUCAAGUACUCCAACAAGUUCACACGCAUAGACGCUCUUUUGAAGAAGAACCAAGAGCUCUGUGAUGACAUAGUUCAAAAUGCUAUGAAAUUCUACGGUAUUGAGGAGAAGGAGCUCAAAAAGCAUAUCGAUGAUGCCGAAUCUUCAGAAAGGCUUGUGGAUAAGAUUGCCGUAUCUCAAGCUCUGAAGCAUUACGUGCGAGACUGGACAGAAGAGGGAGAGUAUGAAAGGAAGGACACUUUCGCUUGCCUUGUGAAAACUGUUCAGGGGUUGUUUCCUGUGAGAGAUGAUGAAAACCCGGUCAAGAUUCUUGUUCCUGGAUCGGGAUUAGGACGUCUUGGACAUGAUAUCGCGAGACUUGGAGGAUUCGAGGUGACCGUGAACGAAUGGUCUAUGUAUAUGAACAUCGCCUACCGUUUUAUCGAAGCCAACCGCGCUCAAGAUACGCACUCAUUCCACCCUUUUAUCGACGGCUGGUCCCACCACGCCACAGAAGCAGACAUGACUCGCAAACUUAGCUUCCCCGACACAUCCCUCAACUCAACAUCCGUAGUCCUUGAGGAGGGCGACUUCACCACCGUCUUCAAAGACAAGACCCACUACUACGACAUAGUAGUCACAUACUUCUUCAUCGACACAGCCCGCAACUUGAUGAACUAUUUCGAUACCAUCAAGAGGGUUCUGAAACCAGGUGGACACUGGGUAAAUCUUGGACCGUUGCUCUAUGGAACUGGACCGUUUGUGCAGUUGACGUUGGAGGAGAUUAUCGAGGUUACCGAGUUCAAGGGGUUUGAGUAUCUUGAUACAGAUGAGAGCUAUGGACCGUUGACGCUUGAGGGGAGGACGCCUAGAAGUAUGGAAGCUGUUUAUGCGUUCGACAAAAAGGCCUUGACCAAGAGUGCGUAUAAUGCGCAGUUUUGGGUGGCCAGGAGUCGAUGA